AGGAAAAGAUCAACAACCUGAUACUAUGAUGAACAACAGAUAUUCAUUUAUUCCCUCUAAUGGGACAUUUUCGAUCAACAAUCUGAGCAGGAAUGACAGUGAUGAAUAUACACUUCAAACAUAUGAUACAAAUGGAAAACAGACAUCAAUCCACUCUCUUCAGUUAUCAGUUCAAGCUCCUGUGUCCUCCGUCUCUCUGGUCUCUGAGUGUUUGUCUCAGGGAGAGAUGAAGGUGUCCUGCUCCUCUGAGGGAGGGGACAGUCCUCAGUACAGGUGGACUCUGAAUGGAAAGUCACUGACAGAAGCUGAGCUGCUUUCUGGAAACAAGCAGACAAACAUCAUCACUUUGAAACAACACGUCUCUGGACGUCUGAUCUGUUCUGUUUGGAACCACGUCAGUUCUGCUGAUAAUGAGACAAACAUCGGUAUAGAAUCUUUUUGUGAUUCAAGACAGGAUGAAGCUCAGUGUUAUGGAGCUGAUGGUGGAACUGUGUUCAUACGGCUGAUGAACGACGCCUCACAGACAGACGUAUAUGAAUGGAGGAAGGAUAACUUCAUAAUUCUCAAAGGGAAAAAGAAUGAAAUAACUGCUAAUAUAUUAGAGAACAGAUCCUCAUUUUUGUUCAAUGAUGGAACAUUUUUGAUUAAAAACCUGAGUAAAAGUGACAGUGGUGAAUAUAGACUCACAGUGUUUGACUCAGAAGGACAGAUGACAGAAACUCGAACCACAUGGUUAACUGUUAACGGUGAGUUCAUGUAUUUUUUGACAAAUUAUUUUUAAAGAUCUAAAACUUUUACCAAUGAGAUGCAGUCUGAUGUUUCUGUUUUCUGUUCUUUCAUUUGUUGGAAUCGGCGUCUAUUUCACGUGGAAGAAGAUCAAAACUGUGAAAGAUGAACAGUCGACUGAAAGACACAGAACAACGUUUUCUGAGGAUUUCUCUGAAAAUGAACAAACUCUGUACAGUAAUGUUUAACCAAAAUCAUGAUAACACCCAAAGGGAAAAGCUUAAUUUGUACACAUCAGAUCAAUGAAAAUGAAUUGUUCGCACAUUUAGAGAUUCUGGGCUGUUUUAUGACAUCUAUGAAAUAACAUUGACUGUAAAUAUUGACCCAUGACAUUCAGGAGGAUCAAUCGUUAGGCUCUGUUAUGACCCCUGGUCGUCUGUGUUUUGUGUGUAGCCUACUUUGUUCUUGUUUGUAUAUUUGUUUUUCCCAGCUCCUGCAGAAGUCCAGCUCCUCCACUGCUGUUGACUCUGCCCCUUCCAUCAGAGAUGAUUGAGGCACCCUCCCAACCAAUCCCUGAGCUGGGAGGGAAGCUUAAAAGAAGCCAGGAAGCUCUGGUCCAGUGGUGGCUGAAUUCCUGAGUGGGGAAUCAGAUUCUCAGCCUGCCCUGAUGUCUGCCUGGCCAAGCCUGAGAAAAGCCUCUGGUGUCCCUCUUUAGUUUGUUCUGUUUGUUAACUUUGCUAUGGUCGUUUCUUUAGUUGCUUUUGGAGUGAGUGUUGUGUUUGACUGUAUGGCUUUGUUACUUAUUGCUAUAAAACCUGAGAAUUAAACAUUUUCUAUGUUGAUCAGAUAGUGCUUUGUCUUUUGUUUAAUUUUAGUUCAAAAGUUACCUAUUAGUAUUAGUUCAUCUAUUCCUUUGUGGUGUUUUGUUUUGUAUUAUGUUGUGAUUCCUGCCCCCUAUCAGCGCUAUUAAACAGCUGUGUUUGAGCAUCCAUUCCAUUUGUCCCAACAGUGUGUUCAUUUCUCUGAUAUGAAAAAGGAAAAGAAACUGAAACACGAAGCUUAUAUUUGUCUGUCUCUUCAUGUGUUUGGUCUAAAGUUAACACUAUCUUUGAAAUUGUUGAGACAAUUGAACAAAUGUGACCCAAUGUAAUCAUCUUAAU